CACAUCUCUUGACAACUUGCAUACUCUGCAAUGUGCGGGCGAUACGCACUCGGAGCGGCGCACAUUGCCUUCCUCGAGGGCCUCCAAGCCCAGUACGGGCGCCUAUUCCCCAACCGCCGGCACCCUGCCGAUGAGGACGACGAAGGUGGAGGUCCGAUGCGGUUGCGCGGCGGCGCGCCGGACGAGCACGAGGACGUCAAGCUCGACUUCCACGCCGCCGAUGACCCGGAGAAGGGUUUCCCCAAGUGGGAGCGCGAGCAGGACUUCUGGCCGAGCUACAACAUUGCGCCGAGGCAGCGCGCGCCGGUUGUCAGGCGUGACCAGGAGACGGGCGAGGUUAUGAUCGAGACAAUGCAAUGGGGCCUGAUCCCCCACUGGACAAAGUAUCCCCCCACCGGCCCGCUCAACACGAUCAACGCGCGGUCCGAAGCCCUCAUUGACCCGUCAUCUGGAGGCAUGUGGCACGCGCUUAAGCAGCACAAGCGGUGCAUCAUCCCCGCACAGGGGUACUACGAGUGGCAGAAGAAGGGCGCGACCAAGGUCGCGCACUUUGCCCGUCUGCCAGUGUCGAAGGGCACGACGCAGGCUGACCCGCCAAUUAUGUUCUUCGCGGGGCUCUGGGACACAGUCAAGUACGUUGAGCCUGUCGCGUCCAAGUUCGUGCCCAAGGAAGGCGACGACCGCGAGCCGUACCCUACAGGCAACCCCGUGCCUCUGUCGACGUUCACGAUCCUGACGACGACGCCGUCCAAGGACAUUGCGUGGCUGCACGACCGGAUGCCGUGCAUCCUUACGAGCUACGAGGACAUUGCGCGCUGGCUGGACCUCGGCGAGGUGAAGGAAGGGUGGAAGGAGGGCAAGGGCGGUACGGCGGAUGUUCUGCACAGUGUGUCGGGCUUGGACUGCUACCCUGUCGUUCCCGAGGUCGGAAAGAUCGGUCGGAGCGAGCAGUCGUACAUCCUUCCUGUCGCUGAGCGGAAAGACGGCAUAAAGUCGUUCUUUGCGAAGCAGCAGCCAUCACCAGCCAAACCAAAGGGAGCCGGCUCUGGGGGGUUCACCCAGGCGUUCAAGGAGGACAAGAAGCCUGUGAUAAAAGAGGAGGCUGUGCCAGCGGUCAAGGAGGAGACCAAGCCAGAUGUCACAGAGACCAAGCCUGCGGCUGCAGACGUCAAGGCCGGAACCGAGCCCAAAGCCGAACCCGUGGACGACGACGACAUCGUCCUCCUCGACACUGCCCCUAGUCAGUCGGUCAAAUCCGAGUCAUCCAAGCCCGCAUCAUCUCAGCGUUCGUCUCAGGACUCGAAGCCUGAGCCAGCUACACCUGGCAAGCGCAAGCGCGGAGACGAACGAGGCGGGCACCAGACCAAGAUCAUCCGGCAGACACCAAAAGAGGAGAAGAAGGGGCAACCGUCCAUCACGAGCUUCUUCAAGUCGCCGCGCAAGUAG